CGGUUCUGUUUCCCAAAAUUCGAUUCUUCGUCAAAACUCAUUCAAAGCGCCAUUGAACAACUUUGCCAAAAAUGGCGUCUGGUUUGGAACCCAUACCUAUAACGUCCCAAAAACAUGACCCAGCUUGGAAACAUUGCCAAAUGUUCAAGAAUGGGGAAAGGGUCCAGCUCAAAUGUAUUUACUGUAGCAAAUUGUUUAAGGGUGGUGGGAUUCAUAGGAUUAAGGAACACCUUGCUGGACACAAGGGCAAUGCCUCGACUUGUCUUCGGGUCCCGCCCGAUGUUCGGGCCUUGAUGCAGCAGAGUCUUGAUGGGGUUGUGGUGAAGAAGAGGAAUAGGCAGAAGCUUGAUGAAGAGAUCACCAACAUUAACCACAGGCCUCAUAGUGAGGUGGAUUCACUAGCCCAUCAGGAUGACGUUAGUGCUGGGAUCAAUUUGAUCGUUGUUCAUGAUCACGCACUCGAACCCAAUUCGAGCUUGGUGAUGAACCGAGAAGAUGGGGCGACGAGUAGUAGGAGUUUGGAUAGAAGGAAGAGAGGGAGGGGUAGGAGUUCUUCAGCUCGUGAUGCUAUUAAUGUAUCUAAUACUGUCGAUUUAGGAACUAAGAAGGUAAAUAAUUUUGUGAACAUGGCAAUUGCGCGGUUUUUGUACGACAUUGGGGCGCCUUUGGACGCAGUGAACUCUGCUUAUUUCCGGCCGAUGAUUGAUGCGAUUGCUUCAGGUGGUUCGGGGGUUGUGUUGCCCUCGUAUCAUGAUCUUCGCGGUUGGAUGUUGAAGAAUUCGGUGGAAGAACUGAGGAAUGAUGUCGAUAAAUGCAGAGCUACAUGGGAAAAGACUGGUUGUUCUGUCUUGGUUGAUGAGUGGAACACAGAAGUUGGCAGAGUUUUCCUGAGUUUUUAUGUGCAUUGUCCCGAAGGAACAGUGUUUUUGAGAAAAGUGGAUGCAUCUGACAUCGUUAGUUCAUCUGAUGCUCUUUAUGAGCUCCUUAAAAGAAUUGUGGAAGAAGUCGGGGCAAAACAUGUGCUGCAAGUGAUUACCAGAAGUAGCAAAGAGCAAUAUGCUGUUGUAGGGAGAAGGUUGAGUGAAACUUUCACUAGUUUGUAUUGGGCUCCGUGUGCGGUUCAUUCAAUAGAUUUGGUACUAGAGGAUUUCAGUAAUAUAGAUUGGAUAAGUGAGGUGAUUGAACAGGCAAGGACUAUUACAAGAUUUGUCUACAAUCACAGUGAGGUCUUGAAUAUAGUCAGAAGAUACACUUUUGGCAACGAUAUUGUAGAACCGGGUGUCACCUGGUUCGCUACAAACUUCAUGACAUUAAAACGACUAGUUGACCUUAAACACAAUUUGCAGGCCAUGGUCGCCUCGCAGGAGUGGGUGGAUUGCCCGUAUUCGAAGAAACCAGGGGGGUUGGAAAUGUUAGAUUCCAUUAGUAAUCACUCAUUUUGGUCCUCAUGCACCCUUGUUACCCAUCUAACAAGUUCUCUCUUGCGAGUUUUGAGAAUUGUUAGUGCUGAGAAGAGGCCUGCCAUGGGAUACAUUUAUGCAGCCAUGUAUCGGGCGAAAGAAACGAUUAAGAAAGAACUUGUUAAGAAGGAGGAUUACGCAGUUUAUUGGGAUAUUAUAGAUCACCAAUGGGAACAACACCGAAACCUUCCUCUUCAUGCAGCAGGGUUCUACCUUAACCCCAAAUAUUUUUACAGUGUUGAAGGAGAUCUGCACAAUGAUAUCCUCUCAGGGAUGUUUGAUUGCAUAGAGAGAUUGGUUCCUGAUACGGAUGUCCAAGAUAAAAUAAUUAAGGAAAUCAACUCAUAUAAGAAUGCUGCUGGAGAUUUUGGGAGGAAGAUGGCAAUCAGAACUAGGGACACUCUGCUACCUGCCGAAUGGUGGUCAACGUAUGGAGGAGGUUGCCCAAACUUGGCGCGUUUGGCUACCCGCAUUCUCAGUCAAACUUGUAGCUUGAUCGGUUGUAAGCGGAAUGAAGUUUGUGUUCAGAAAAUACACGAUACAGGGAACUCCAUAGAGCAGCAACGUCUCAGCAACCUCGUCUUUGUUCAGCACAACUUGCGACUGAGACAGAUGGGGGAUAAGAGCAAUGGACAAGAUUCUAUGGACCCCAUUUCAUCCGAGAGUGCUAGUGUUGUAGAAGACUGGGUUAAAAGGAAGGGCGUGUGCUCAGAGGACUAUGGGGAUUCAGAUUGGACGGCAGUUGAUCCUCCCUCGGUUAAUACAAUGCUUCUAGGAGCCGCAAACGACGAUGCUGAGGACUUGGGAACUGGAUUCGAUGAUUAUGAGAUUUUUAGUAGGGUGAAAGAGGGAGAAGAAGAAAACAUUGAAGAUAAUGGGGUAAUACAAUAGAAUCCUUGGCCAAUAAAAAGAGGUAAUGUUCUUUUUUGUUUUUGUUUUUGUUUUUUUUUCCUGCUAAAGAGCAAAAGGAGGAGUUUAUGUGCCAUUUAGCUAGUUGUUGAAGCCUCCAAAAUCAGGCAAGUUCAAUGCUAUUUUAGAGAUAAAUGGCACUGUGGCUA